UUGAAUACUAAACCCGAUAUUUAACCAAGCCUAAACUUACAUUUUCGCUACAAAGUUUACACUGGAUGAUGGGAAGAACGAAAAAACAGUUGGUGAAUGCAGAAUAUUUGAAGGAAAUUGAGAGAACACGAAGAGAUCUCUGUGAUCUCAUCUCUACCAAGCAAUGUGCUCCUAUCAUGCUUCGCUUAGCAUGGCACGAUGCAGGCACAUAUGAUGCAAAGACAAAUUCAGGGGGUCCAAAUGGUUCUAUUAGGAACGAGCACGAGUUGAGACACAAAGCCAACAGUGGCCUCAAGAUUGCUGUUGAACUUUGUGAAGAGGUUAAGGCUAAUCACCCAAAGAUCACUUAUGCGGACCUUUAUCAGCUUGCCGGGGUUGUUGCGGUUGAAGUCACAGGAGGGCCAACCAUCCACUUUGUUCCAGGAAGAAUGGAUUGCGCAGAUUCUCCUGAUGAAGGACGCCUUCCUGAUGCAAAUCGAGGUGCUGAACAUUUGAGAGAAAUCUUUUACAGAAUGGGGCUUUCUGACAAGGAUAUUGUCGCGCUUUCAGGAGGCCACACUCUGGGUAAGGCACAUAAGGACAGAUCAGGUUUCAAAGGCCCUUGGACCAAAGAGCCAUUCAAAUUCGACAAUUCCUAUUUUAUUGAGUUGCUGAAAGGUGAACAAUGGGGGUUACUGAAGCUUCCAACUGAUAAGGUUCUCAUAGAGGAUCCAAGAUUCCGUCCCUUCGUUGAGCUUUAUGCCAAGGAUGAAGAGGCGUUCUUCAAAGAUUAUGCAGAAUCACACAAGAAGCUCUCAGAGUUGGGGUUCACUCCACCCACCACCAACAGUUUGGGGAUGAUUACUAAAGCUACACUUGGAGUUGUGGUCACUCUUACUGUAAUUAUCUUAAGCUACCUGUAUGAAGUUAAUAAACAAGGCUAAUAAAAUCUAAACAAAUUCCUUAGUGUCAAUAAAAACCUAAGAAUUUCUUCAUAAUCCACAUUUCUUACUACAAA